AUGUCCGCCAUUCCUCAGACCAUGAAAGCUUGGGUGCAGAACGAGUCCAGCGCCUUGUCCAUCCAAGAGGUCUCUGUACCGGAGCUGAAGGCCAACCAAGUGCUUGUGAAAGUGCAGUACGCCGCCCAGAACCCCACCGACUGGAAGCACGCUGCUGCUCUCUCUGUGCCCGGUGUCAUCAACGGCUGUGACUAUGCUGGUACCGUCGUCAAGGUCGGCUCUGGUCUCACUGCCUCCCGCAAGGUUGGUGACCGAGUCGCGGGUACCGUUCAUGGUGGCUACUUCAAGGACGAGGGUUCUUAUGCCCAGUACGCUGCUGUGGAGAGUGACUUGACCUGGGUCGUGCCCGAGUCUAUCAAGCUUGAGGAUGCUGCUACCUUUGGUGUUGGAUGGGUGACUUCUCUCCAGACCAUCAUCCAGCGCCAGAAGCAUGCGUUCCCUGACGUCGAGCAGGUCUCUGGAAACCCUUGGUACAUUGUCUACGGCGGUUCCACUUCUGUCGGUCUCUUUGCUGUCCAGCUCGCCAAGGCCCUCGGCUACAAGGUCCUUGCCUUUGCAUCUCCCCACUCUUACAACCUUGUCAAGUCUUACGGCGCCGACGCUACUGUCGACUACCACAACCAAGAGGAGGGUAUUGCCGAGGCUUUGAAGAUCACCGACGGUGGUGCUGAGUAUGGACUCGAUACCAUCUCUGAAGGUGACAGCUUCAAGAUCAUUGUUGCGGCUUUGGGCAAGAAGGGCAAGCAGCUCAAUGCUAUCCUUCCCCCUCCCAAGGACAUCAAGGAUCUCAACCCCAACCUCUUUAGCGAGUGGACCCUUAUGUACACGCUCUUUGGUCAGGAAUUCGACUGGACCCCUCGAUCUCCUGGCAAGAACAUCUGGCCCGCCAGCCAAGAAGACCGAAAGUUCGGUACCGAGGCUUUCAAGCACACCUCCACUAUCAUCGAAAAGUUUGGCAUCAAGCCCAACCCUGUCCAGGUCACUGGCGGCUUUGAGGAUGUUACCAAGGGUCUUGAGCUUUUGAAGAACAACAAGCUCUCCGGUACCAAGUCUGUCAUCAAGAUCGAUGCUUGA